AGGCUCCUCCCCUGCGUUACUAUGGCUGAGUUCUUCUGUCUGCGACCGCCCUCCCGAAACCUUCCUAAACCCACUCCGUUCGGUCUGUUUUCUUCAUUGUCCUCGUGUGUAUCUGGUGUGUGUUGUGAACGCGCUCCGUAGCUCCUGAGUGUCUGCUGUAACUUAAUUCUACUUGAGACCCUCUCUCACGCCCGCCAUCCCAGCCUCGCCGAGCUCCAUCCUUGGCAGUGUCUAACCCGCCUUGACUGGCCCUGAUCCCCGGGUGUGGUACGCCUUUCACCUGCCGCAUCCACCCCCAAAUCUACUAACUGAUGAGCCUCUCCCCAAGAACGCUAACACAGGAGCUGUCCUCUGAGACUCUGGAUGACUUUAUUCUUCAAAUGGCUUUACGCUUCCAGUAGCUCCAGGGACCCUCCAUUUCCCCAUAUCCAGGAAAAUGUGAUGAGCUACAGGUAUCAGCUUCUAGAUCACCACUUCACAUUCUAGCCACAAGUGACUCCAGUGAGAAGUCCAGGGGCAACGGAGGUACUGGAGGAAGAUGUCUAAAGAAACGGCAGACCGAAGAGAAGAGGAGGAAGCCAGGGACGAGGAGGUGUGCAGAGACCCGAUCAAAGGAUCGGACAAAGAGGAGGAACCACCGACUGCCUCAUCCCAUGGCCAGGGGUGGCGUCCAGGUGGCAGAGCAGCUAGGAACUCAAGGCCUGAACCUGGGGCCAGACCUCCUGCUCUCCCCGCCAUGGUCAAUGACCCCCCAGUACCUGCCUUACUGUGGGCCCAGGAGGUGGGCCACGUCUUGGCAGGCCGUGCCCGCAAGCUGCUGCUGCAAUUUGGGGUGCUAUUCUGCACCCUCCUCCUCCUGCUCUGGGUGUCUGUCUUUCUCUAUGGCUCCUUCUACUAUUCCUACAUGCCGGCAGUCAGCCACCUCAGCCCCGUGCAUUUCUACUACAGGACCAACUGCGUCUCCUCCUCUUCUGUCUGCCCCUUCCCCGUUGCCAAUGUCUCGCUGGCCAAGGGUGGACGUGACCGGGUGCUGAUGUAUGGCCAGCCAUACCGCGUUACCUUAGAGCUUGAGCUGCCAGAGUCGCCUGUAAAUCAGGAUUUGGGCAUGUUCUUGGUCACCAUUUCAUGCUACACCAGAGGCGGCCGCAUCAUCUCCACUUCUUCGCGCUUGGUGAUGCUGCAUUACCGCUCUGACCUGCUCCAGAUGCUUGACACACUGGUCUUCUCUAGCCUCCUGCUGUUUGGCUUUGCAGAGCAGAAGCAGGUUCUGGAGGUAGAGCUAUACUCGGACUACAGAGAGAACUCGUAUGUGCCGACAACCGGAGCAAUUAUUGAGAUCCACAGUAAGCACAUCCAGAUAUACGGCGCUUACCUCCGCAUACAUGCCCACUUCACCGGGCUCAGGUACUUGCUGUACAACUUCCCGAUGACCUGCGCCUUCGUCGGCAUUGCCAGCAACUUCACCUUCCUCAUCGUCAUCGUGCUCUUCAGCUACAUGCAGUGGGUGUGGGGGGCUGUCUGGCCCCGACACCGCUUCUCUUUGCAGGUUAAAUUCCAAAAACGAGACAGUUCCCGAAAGGAAGGCCAACAGAGGCUCUCCGCCUACCAGCCAGGGUCCCAAGGCCAGGAGGAGCUAACGCAGCAGUCAGAUGUUACAGAGGAUGGGGAGACUCCUGAAGACCCCUCAGGGACAGAGGGUCAGCUUUCUGAGGAGGAGAAACCAGGGCAGCAGCCCCUGAGCGGGGAGGAAGAGCAGGAGCCGGAGGCCAGUGAUGGUUCAGGCUCCUGGGAAGAUGCAGCCCUGCUGACAGAGGCCAACCUGCCCGCCACUGCCCUUGCCCCGGAGACCCUGGGCAGCUCUGAACCCUCUGUGGGCCCUCUCCGGCAGCGCCCCACCUGCUCUAGCUCCUAAAGAGAAGAUUCUGGGCAGGCUCCUUACGCUCUAGCACUUUUCUCACCUCAUACCUCUCCCGUUUUCCCCCAAUAAACUAUUUUCAUGCCA